AUGUUGCCACGACGUCGCAAGGACGCACCAACGCUAGGUGCUACCAGCAUCCUGUUGAUUGCCAUCGGAUUAGUGGGCAAACUUUGCACCACAAAUGCGGCCGCCAGCCCGGUCCCUAGCCGACGAUCGUCACUCUCGCCGGCCCAGCUGUACUUUGAUGCCGUUGCACCGGAAGAUCGGGAAAAUUUCAUCAAAUACCAUCUGGACCGAGGACUGGAGCAACGCUUGCCGCACUACACGAGCAGCACGCCGAAGGAGUUCGAGUUCAGUACCUUCCAGGACGCCCUCGAGCCAGCCGAUUUUUCCGCCCACCUGUUGGACCACUUUAUGAUCGCCUUCGGUCUGACCGAGGUCGAUGUGUUCGAGUUCGUGACGCUAAACGUGAUCUGCUUUCCCUCCGGCUGGUGUUUCAACCCGGACGAUAUCGGUAACAUUUGCUGUCCCUUCUAA